UCUAUGGUGUUUUCUAAUCUCUCAACCGUCAAAAGCGUCAAAAUCAAAAUAUUUUGACGGUGUUGUCAAUUUUUGAAUAACUGUAUAAUCUCUGCUUUGACUAGAUUACUGCUUAUCAUGGCUAGAACGCUAGCAAGAAUAAUUAAAACUACAAAAGCAUCCUUAGGUAAGUAGGUAUAAAUCACAAGCCACCUCAGGAAUACAGAGGAGCGAGCCAUAUUUAAUUAGAAAUAAGGCAAACUUGUAUAUAGCGACACUAUUUUUGCGUUUUAGUUAAAUUAGCGCUGUAACUGACCUCGCAUCGACACUUUCAGCCGUUUCAGGCAUUUCUAGCCCGAGCCUCAAUUAUGUACAAGUACGAUUCCAGCAACAGAAGCAGACUGGGAAAGAGCAGGGUGGACCGCUUUGCGACAGCGACAGAAUUUUUACGAACUUGUAUGGCAGGCACGACUGGCGACUGCCAUGUGCCAUGAGUCGCGGCGAUUGGUACAUGACUAAAGAUAUCAUCUUGAAGGGCUCUGACUGGAUUAUCAAUGAAAUGAAGACUUCAGGCCUGCGGGGUCGCGGCGGUGCGGGUUUCCCAACCGGCAUGAAGUGGUCCUUUAUGAAAAAGCCAUCUGACGGUCGUCCCAAGUACCUCGUAGUAAAUGCGGAUGAAGGCGAACCUGGCACGUGCAAGGACAGAGAGAUAAUACGACAUGACCCCCAUAAGCUCAUCGAAGGGGCGUUGCUCGCUGGUUCCGCUAUAGGCGCGCAUGCGGCUUAUAUUUAUAUCAGAGGAGAGUUUUACAACGAAGCUAAUAUCCUUCAGAUGGCGAUUGUUGAGGCCUACCAAGCAGGCCUAAUCGGUAAGAACGCCUGCGGCUCUGGAUUCGACUAUGACGUGUUCGUUCACCGCGGCGCCGGCGCAUACGUCUGCGGCGAGGAGACAGCGCUCAUCGAGUCCAUCGAGGGCAAACAGGGCAAGCCGCGACUAAAGCCACCGUUCCCUGCAGACAUUGGGCUUUUCGGAUGCCCUACUACCGUGAAUAAUGUGGAAACUAUUUCUUCUUCACCAACAAUCCUCCGCCGCGGCGGGGCUUGGUAUUCAUCUCUCGGCCGACUUCGUAACCACGGGACCAAGCUAUUCAACAUCUCUGGUCACGUGUGCACUCCAUGCACCGUGGAGGAGGAGAUGAGUAUCCCGCUCAAGGUCUUGAUCGAAACCCAUGGCGGGGGCGUUGUGGGGGGUUGGGAUAAUCUGUUGGCUGUUAUUCCUGGAGGAUCAUCUUGCCCGCUUUUACCUAAACACAUAUGCGACACAGUACUCAUGGACUACGACGCCCUAAUGGCAGCAAAUUCGUCUUUCGGCACAGCAGCCAUGAUUGUCAUGAAUCGGCAGACCGACAUAGUGAAGGCCAUUGAUCGGUUGCUCACGUUCUAUUCGCACGAAUCUUGCGGACAGUGCACGCCUUGCCGCGAAGGAGUGGGAUGGAUGAAGAAGAUCAUUCAAAGACUCGUUUACGGAAAUGCUGCAAUAAAAGAAAUCGACAUGUUGUGGGAAAUGUCUAAACAGAUUGAAGGGCACACAAUCUGUGCGCUAGCUGACGGCGCUGCCUGGCCGAUUCAAGGGCUCAUCCGCCACUUCAGACCCGAACUGGAACGCCGUAUUAGACAGUAUGAAUGCUGUUACGGCCCAAGCAAAGCAGAGCGGUGCUUUUAAAGCAUAUAUCCAGCCAGGUUAAGAACCUUAUAAGAACCCGAAGCGUGACUCUCCUCACAGUACGUAUAGCUCAGUUGAUGUUCAUUGUUCAUAUGGUUAGGAGAGUUUAAAAGUUUGUAAACAAGUAGAAAUAUACUG